AUGUUGCUAAAACCAAUUUUACAUAGUCGAAUUGGGAGAUGGGCCUUAGCUCUUUCUGAAUAUUCACUUUCAUACAAGCCUUUGAAAGCAAUUAAAGGCCAAAUAGUGGCUGACUUUAUUGUUGAUCAUUCAGCAAUCGAAUCACCUCAAAAUUACAUUGCUCUAGAACCAUGGACUUUGUAUUUUGAUGGGUCUAGACAUCAACAUGGUACUGGAAUAGGUAUUUUGAUAAUUUCCCCACAAAAAAUUCCUACUCAGUUCAAAUACAAGAUUAAUGGUAUUUGUUCAAACAAUGAAGCUGAAUAUGAGGCUUUGAUAGCAGGAUUAGAAAUAUUAUUGAGCCUGGGGGCAAAAGACAUUAGAAUAAAAGGUGAUUCAGAAUUAGUUUUGAAACAACUGACAAAAGAGUACAAAUGUAUUAAAGAGCAUUUGAUUCGUUACUUUGUUAUAGCGAAUACAUUACUAAAACGUUUCGACUCGAUUGACAUAGAACAUGUUCCUCGAGUAGAAAACCAAGAAGCAAAUGACUUAGCACAGAUUGCUUCAGGAUAUAAAGUGUCCAAAGAAAAGCUGGAACAAUUAAUAGAAAUCAAAGAAAAAUUGAUUUCUAAUGAGCCAAUGCAAUUGGAAUUGUCAAUGCCAAAACUUGUGGGGGCAGAGAUGUCACCAAAUGACAUAAAUAGCACUGACAAAGAAAUGAAUUAUGACGAAUUCCAAAUUUUUGUCAUUGACAAUUUAGUAGAUGGUGAUUGGAGAAAACCAAUUGUAGAAUAUUUGGAAAAUCCAAUCGGGAGUGCUCCUCGAAAGAUCAAAUAUAGGGCAUCAAAUUAUGUGAUCAUUGGUAAUGAAUUGUUUAAAAAGACCCUCGAAGGAGUACUGUUGAAAUGCCUUAGUGAGAAUGAGGCCUACAUAGCAAUAUCUGAUGUUCAUAGUGGGGCUUGCGGUUCUCACCAAUCAGGCCAUAAGAUGAAAUGGCUUUUAGUUCGACAAGGCAUGUACUGGCCAUCUAUGUUAAAAGAUUGCAUAGAUUUUGCUAAAGGUUGUCAAGAAUGUCAAAAACAUGCAGGAAUCCAACAUGUACCUGCAAGUGAAUUACAUUCGAUAAUAAAACCUUGGCCAUUUAGAGCUAUACCCCUGCCCAAUGUUGACCAAGAAGAAGUUAUAAGCUUUAUCCAAAACCACAUUAUUUAUAGGUUUGGAAUUCCUGAAACCAUCACAACUGAUCAAGGUUCAGUGUUUACUGGUCGAAAGAUGCAAGAAUUCGCCAGGCAAACAGGGUUUAAACUUUUGACUUCGACACCUUAUUAUGCACAAGCAAAUGGUCAAGUAGAAGCUGCCAAUAAAAUUAUUAUUGGAUUAAUCAGAAAGCAUAUUGCUCAAAAGCCAAGAAAUUGGAACAAGACUUUAAAUCAAGUCUUAUGGGCAUGUAGAAAUUCCCCUAAAGAAUCAACAAAUUCUACUCCAUUUCGAUUAACAUAUGGUCAUGAUGCCGUGUUACCAGUGGAAAUUUAUUUGCAAUCUAUCAGAAUUCAAAGGCAAAUGGAGAUACCAACUGAUCACUAUUGGAGUAUGAUGUUUGAUGAAUUGGUUGAUUUAGACGAAGAAAGGCUAAGAGCGCUUGAUACUUUAAGUAGACAAAAAGAAAGAGUAGCAAAGGCCUAUAAUAGGAAGGUUAAAUCAAAAACCUUUGAAGUAGGGAAUUUAGUUUGGAAAGUUAUUUUGCCUAUGGAUAAAAAAGAUAGAGUUUUAGGCAAAUGGUCUCCAAAUUGGGAAGGACCUUUUAAAAUAAUACAAGUAUUUUCGAAUGGUGCAUAUGAAAUAGAAGAAUUGACUUCAGAAAAGCGAACAUUGAAUAUAAAUGGUAAGUAUUUGAAAAAAUAUAAACCAACGCUUUUAGAGGUUAAUGUUAGCACAGAAUAA